AUGGCGCACUCCAGCAUCGCCGCGUUCGUGGCCGCCUUCGUCGCUGGACUGGUGGUCUGCCAGCUGGGCAAUGCCUUCGUGGCGGCGCCUCUCGGCCAGCGUGGGCUUGAUGGCCACACGGAGCCGACCACGGUGUCCGCGGCGCCUGGCGCGGCGCCCGCGUCUCAGUCGGUGGCGCCCGUCGGAGUCGGCCUGACAAUGAUCGGGGCGUCCGUGGCCCUCGCCCUGCUCACCAGGGGUGCGCUGUCCAACGCCGCCAGGAAGGCGCGACCGCAGGGUCCCGCGCAGCACAGAGUAGUGAUGGCGGCUUUCGAGAGCGAGCUGGGCGUGCAGGACCCCGUGGGCUUUUGGGACCCUGCUGGGUUCACAGCGGAUGGUAGCACGGCGAAUUUCGCCAGGAGGCGCCAGACAGAGCUCAAGCACGGCCGCGUGAGCAUGCUGGCGACGAUGGGUUACAUCACGCCCGAGAUCACCGGCAAGCUGCCCGGCUACUUGUCGCCUUCGGCUGGCCUGAAGUUCGCGGACAUCCCGAACGGGCUCGGGGCGAUCUCCAAGGUUCCCGCGGCGGGCUGGGCGCAGAUCGUGGCGUACGGCGCGUUCUGCGAGCUGUCCCAGGACCAGUCCGCUGGCACCGCUGCCGCCGCAGGCGACUUCGGCUUCAAGGUGCUGACGUCCAGUGAUGCCGGGGAGAAGCAGAAGAAGUUGGCGGCAGAGAUCGCCAACGGUCGCCUUGCCAUGAUGGCUAUCAUCGGAAUGUUUUUCCAGGACGGCUUGACCGGCUCCGCGUGGGGCGACUGGGCGCUCUACACUGGAUCCCCGCUGCGCGCGUUCGAGAGCGAGCUGGGCGUGCAGGACCCCGUGGGCUUUUGGGACCCUGCCGGGUUCACAGCGGCGACUUCGGCUUCAAGGUGCUGA